CUCAUCGAUCACACGUCCAACUCCACGCACCACAGCACCCAACCCUACGAUCCCUCUCUCGGAAUGGAUGCCACCACGGCGAAGCAGCUCAGGCGGCUCCGCACGCUCGGCCGCGGCGCGUCCGGCGCUGUCGUCUGGCUCGCCUCUGACGACGCCUCCGGCCAGCUGCUCGCGGUCAAGUCUGCCGGCGCCGGCGCGGCCGACACGCUGCGGCGCGAGGGUAGUGUCAUGGCGGGGCUCUGCUCCCCGCACAUCGUCCCGUGCCUCGGCUCCCGCGCCGCGCCCGGCGGCGAGUACCAGCUCUUCCUCGAGUUCGCGCCGCGCGGCUCGCUCGCCGACGAGGCCGCCAGGAGCGGCGGCAGCCUCGCGGAGCGCGCCAUCCAGGGGUACGCGGCGGACGUGGCCAGGGGGCUGGCCUACCUCCACGGGAACUCGCUGGUGCACGGGGACGUCAAGGCGAGGAACGUCAUGGUCGGCGCCGACGGCCGAGCCAAGCUCGCGGACUUCGGGUGCGCGAGGGCCGCGGAUUCCGACCGGACGAUCGGCGGCACUCCGGCCUUCAUGGCGCCGGAGGUGGCGCGCGGGGAGGAGCAGGGCCUGGCGGCCGACGUGUGGGCGCUCGGCUGCACCGUCAUCGAGAUGGCCACCGGCCGCGCCCCCUGGAGCGACAUGGACGACGUCUUGGCGGCGGUCCACCGGAUCGGAUAUACGGACGCCGUGCCUGAGCUGCCCGCGUCGCUGUCGCCGCAGGCCAAGGACUUCCUGCGCAAGUGCUUCGCAAGAAACCCCCGCCACCGGUCCACCGCCGCGCAGCUCCUAGAGCACCCGUUCCUCGCGUCCGCCUUCCACGACGUCGACGCGGAGCCGGCGAAGCAGGAUUGGAUCAUGUCCCCCGAGAGCACACUCAACGCGGAAUUCUGGGAGUCGGACGAGGAAAGCGAAACAGAGGACAUGCUGACGAGCGCGGCCGAGAGGAUCGGCUCGCUGGCGAGCCCUUGCUCGGCCUUGCCAGACUGGGAGUCCGACGAUGGCUGGAUCGUCGUGCACGGCGGACGCCCUGAAGCUUCAGAAACAACGACGCCCACGGCGAUCGCCGGCACAGACUUCGGUCCUUGGAGUGAAGAAGGAUUGGAAGCCGAGGUUGAUGUCCAUUUCGCUGAUGCUGAUGCCGGCAGGUGGUACGACCUUGUGCGGAAUGUGGAUGGAGCGCAUUAUUUCGGUUGGUACGAGAGAGAUUUGGGUGUCAGUGUCGUUACUGAUAGACCGUUGUGCCUCAUUGUUAGUCACGGACGCAAAAUUGUAAAAUUCGGUUGUCAUUGCGACAGAGAAAGAACAAUGCAUUUUGAUUUUGCACAAAUAUUUCGUUCUCUUGAGCUUCCGUCGCAUGCUGUGUGCAUUUUAUCUUCCACUGAAUGGGGGUAUUAUCGUUUUUUGGCCUUUUCUUUUUAUAACUAG